AUGGCGGUGCGCAAUCUUGUCGACCACAUGUUCAUUGCAAAUCUAGAAGACCACUUACGCAAUCCAAUGCUGCUGCAUGAACUGGUGGAAAAACUUCCACCACAAAUGCGGAUGCAGUGGUCCUGGUACAAGCGCUCAAUCGCCGAUGUCAACCUGGCGACAUUCGGGGAGUUCAUGUCGGAGUUAGUGAAGACAGCAACGGAGGUUACGAUUCCGGUAGAAGCUUCGACCCAACACAUCAAGCCUGGCUACGCAGGGCGGGACAAACAAAAAUUCUACACAGAUGCGGUACCAAGGAUGAUAAUUGGAAUCGAGCACGCGCAGAUGCUUACUACUUUGAAGGUGCGAGAAGGCGGUGCAAACGACCCGGUGGCAGCGAAGACGCGACUAGGUUGGUGUGUGUAUGGCAAACAGGACAACGGUGGCACUGCAGUUUCCAGGCUGCAUGUUCACUCUGACAAGAUUGGAAACCGUGAGCUACAUGAGCAGAUGAAACAGUAUUUCGACAUCGAACAAGCAGCAGUGGCUACUCCGCUAGAGUCAGAGGAGGACAGGCGAGCACGCAGAAUACUGGAGAAAACAACUCAAAGGAUCGACGGCGGCUUCGAGACCGGGCUUUUGUGGAAGUACGACCGGCCAUCGUUCCCGAAUAGUUAUCCACUGGCUGUGCGUAGGAUGCAGUCGUUAGAGAAACGAUUAAGUAAAGAACCAGCACUUCUAGACCGAGUGAACGGAAUUAUAGCCGAGUACGAGUCUAAAGGAUACGCUCACCGAAUUACACAAGCCGAAAUCGAGUCAACUAAUCCAGAUCGCGUGUGGUAUCUGCCGCUCGGCAUCGUGCGGAACCCUAAGAAGCCAGAAAAAAUCCGCUUGAUUUGGGAUGCUGCGGCCCGGGUAAACGGUAUCUCAUUUAACGAUAUGCUCCUGAAAGGGCCAGAUAUGCUGACGAGACUGUUUGCCGUUCUACUAAGGUUUCGACAGAGAUCAGUUGCCGUGUGUGGAGACAUCCGGGAAAUGUUCCACCAAGUUCGUAUCAUUCCACAAGACAAACAGUCUCAAAGGUUUGUAUACAGAAAACAUUCCGACCAGGCUCCCCAGGUCUUCAUCAUGGACGUGGCAACAUUUGGCGCAACUUGCUCACCGUGUUCCGCACAACAUAUCAAGAAUACGAACGCAAAAGACUUUGAAUCCAAAUUUCCUAGAGCUGCUGAAGCCAUUGUCAAUGCGCACUAUGUUGACGACUUCCUGGAUAGUGUGGACACGGUUGAUGAAGCAGUUCAACUAAUGGAAGACGUAAAAUACGUACAAGCCCAAGGAGGAUUCGACAUCCGCAACUUUUCCUCUAACUCGUCUGAGGUGCUGCAACGUUUGGGUCAAACAGAACACUUGGAGGUAAAAUCAAUGGUCUUGAACCAGAUCGCCAAUCCGGAACGCAUCCUGGGGGUAAAUUGGAAGCCCGAUAAAGACGUUUUCACCUUUGAUAAAGCCCUGAAAGAUGAUCUGGCGAAACAGCUAGCAGAAGGAGACAUGCCUACAAAGCGACAGGUAUUGAGAAUCGUUAUGUCACUAUUCGACCCGUCACAUCUGGAGAUCCGGUACAGACUGGCAGUAUUUACUGAAAGUAUUGUGGACGAUUUACGAGAUUUGUGGAACAACUGGACUCAACUCCUGAAACAACUGACCGAAGUAGAAGUGCCACGCUGUUUCUUCGGGAAUACAAGUAGUCAGCUGCAUAGUGGAAUACAGCUUCACGUGUUCGUUGAUGCGAGUGAGUUAGCAUACGCAUGUGUCGCGUAUUUGCGGAUUGUGCAAACUGGGCAGGUGCGGUGCGUGUUCGUUGCAGCGAAGUCAAAAGUGGCACCGCUCAAGCCUCUAUCCAUUCCACGUCUAGAGCUGCAGGCCGGUCUGAUAGGAUGCCGAUUAAUGGAGAGCAUAUGUGCAGUCAUAGAUCUUCCAUUGGAAAGACGAUACUUGUGGACAGAUUCCAGAACAUGUCUCUCGUGGGUCCAUUCGGAUAGUAGACGUUACCACCCAUACAUUGGAUUCAGGGUCGGUGAAAUACUGAACAUCUCCGUCGCAGAUGAAUGGCACUACGUUCCGUCAAAACAAAAUGUGGCCGAUGACGCAACGAAGUGGGGAGUUGGACCUAGUUUUAGUUCAAGCAGUCGAUGGUUCACCGGACCGGACUUUCUCUACUUGUCAGAGAACGAAUGGCCAAACCAACCUACGAAGGAAGUAGCAACUAAAGAGGAACUCCGUGUUAUGUUCCAUCAUCAUCGCGAGAUGCCUCAAGCAUUAAUCAACGUGGACAGGUUUUCGAGAUGGAAUCGUCUGUUACGAUUCCUUAGAGCAGUGAAGCUAUUUCGACGAGGAUGUGAGGUUGGACCGUUAACGAGGGAGGAGCUACUGCAGGCGGAAAAUUUAUUGUGA